CCCAACUUCUCUUUAUAUUUUCCGACGUUACUCUUAUGAUCUCGUGGAUUUUUGGCGUCUUUCUAACUCUUGUUUUUGCAAUUAAUGUCCGAGUACUAUCUAUGAUCUCAAGCUGCAUUUAUCACAGUUUCUUCGUUUUACGGCAAAGGCAAUGUAUUAUGUAUGCUCACCAUCAUGUCUGAUACACACCCACCCACCCCAUUCCAUUGUGGUUGCGAGCUAUAAAAGGGUCCCAUAUCAUGUCCUCUUCUAUUAAAUCCCAUUCUUUUACGUGAGGAUUUCAGAUGGCGAUGGAGUUUCUGGUGUUACAGAUUAUUACUUUUUCAAUCUUGAGGAAAUUAAAGCAUAUCUUUGUCUAUCCUAUGCAAUCUUGAAUCCCAACUGCUUAUGUAGUGAAAUACUAGCUCUGUCCAAGCUGAGUCCUCAGGGAAGCCUGGAAAUUAAUGUUGUAGAAGAGAAUCAAACACAUGGUCUGGCAAUUCUGUAUAAUGGCAGUUUCUCAACGAACAGUUUUGGCAUUUAAGUCUUAUCAAAACCAGGCUGGGGUGCUAGUCAAAAACUACUUACUAGCGGACCCUUUUAUCCCAUACACUUCUGUACUUGCUGGUGUAUUGGCAUUCAAAUUGGUCUAUGAUCUGACCCAGCUCAUCAGCACUUUUAACUUCAGGAGUUAUAAUGCUCUCACCAAGACACAAAGAAUUGACUGGAAUAAUCGAGGUGUUUCCACUCUUCAUGCCAUUUUUACGUCAAUUGUGUCCUUGUACUUUGUGUUCUGGUCCGAUCUUUUCUCCGAUCAUGAUUUUGCUGGGUUAAUUAUCCUCCGAAGUUCACCUCUCUCAACAUUUGCACUCGGGAUUUCGGUUGGGUAUUUCAUUUCAGACCUUGGAAUGAUUUGUUGGCUGUAUCCUUCUUUGGGCGGAGUGGAGUACAUUGUCCAUCACUCUCUUUCAGGAAUUGCACUAGCAUAUUCCAUGUUUACAGGGGAAGGGCAGCUUUACACUUUCAUGGUCCUGAUAUCUGAGGUGACAACGCCAGAGAUCAACAUGAGAUGGUAUCUUGACAUGGCUGGAUUGAAGAGAUCCAACGCAUAUCUGAUUAAUGGGGUUGCUAUUUUUGUUGCUUGGUUGGUGGCAAGAAUUCUUCUGUUUGUUUACAUAUUUUACCAUGUCUAUCUGCACCAUGAUCAGGUCAUGCAAAUGCAUGCUGUUGGUUUCCUUUUGGUACUUUGUGUACCCGUGGUGCUUGCAGUCAUGAACUUAAUGUGGUUUGGGAAGAUUAUCAAAGGGCUGAUGAAGACUUUAGCAAAGAGGCAGUGACUAGUACUGUUGUAGACAACUUGACAAGUAGAUAACAAUUGAUGUCAAUUCCCUGCGUGAUGUUAAAUCCAUUUUCUUGUGCACUUGUGCUGAAACUGGGAAAAUGAUAGAAGAGAAAGAUAUGUGAAAACAGAUAGAUUGCACAGGUUUUCUGGAAGUUAAUAGCCAGUAAUGGACACAUGAAGCCUGAUGGUCGACGUUUAUUUGCAUCUAAAGAGGAUGCAAAUUCUGUACACAUUUUUGGAAGAUUAUCAACAUCUGU